UCUGUACGAGCGCAGUCGCAGUGUGGGCGGUGUUUCCACGCAGCCGCAGUGUGCCGGCCUGGAGCCGGACCGUGUGGUGUUGUGGCGGCUAUUUUCUGUCUGUCAGCUCCCCCUGUUCCUGGGGCCUGAGUACGGGCCGCUCCCCGCAUAGACAUGUUCUCAGCACUGAAGAAGCUGGUGGGUACCGAACAGGCCCCGAGCAGGGACAGGAUCAUCCCCGCCGGGUUACAGAGCAUGAACCAGAGCCUGCAGCGGAGGUUCGCCAAAGGAGUGCAGUACAACAUGAAAAUUCUGAUUCGAGGUGACAGAAACACAGGAAAGACUACACUUUGGCACAGACUACAGGGCAAGAAGUUUGUGGAGCAGUACAUUCCAACACAGGAGAUCCAGGUCACCUGCAUUCACUGGAGCUACAAGACAACAGAUGACAUUGUGAAAGUGGAGGUGUGGGAUAUAGUGGAUAAAGGUAAAAGUCGGAAAAAAGGAGAUGGCCUGAAACUGGAGAAUGACCCACAAGAGUCGGAUGCAGAGCUGGCUCUGGAUGCAGAGUUCCUCGAUGUCUACAAGAACUGUAAUGGUGUUAUCAUGAUGUUUGACAUCACCAAGCAGUGGACGUUCAGUUAUAUCAUGAAGGAGCUCCCAAAAGUGCCAGACCACAUUCCAGUCUGUGUGCUUGGGAACCACCGUGACAUGGGAGAGCAUCGGGUCAUUCUACCUGAUGAUGUCAGAGACUUCAUAAAGAGUAGCAACAGGUCACCCAGAUCAUCCUAUAUUCGUUACGCAGAAUCAUCAAUGCGGAAUGGCUUUGGCCUGAAGUAUUUGCACAAGUUUUUCAAUAUUCCAUUUCUCCAAUUGCAGCGAGAGACGUUAUUGAGACAGCUGGAGACCAACCAACUUGAUAUCGAUGCCACACUGGAAGAACUCUCUGUACAGAAUGAAACUGAGGACCAGAACUAUGAACUAUUCCUGGAGCUGAUGGAUACCAAGAACCGGGGUUUCAAUUCUCCCAUAGCAACCAAUGGUCAAAGCCCAUCUUCUGGAUCACAGUCACCUGUGGUACCCCCAAGCUCAGCAUCCACUACCAACUCCAGCCCUGGAACACCUCAAGCUCCUGUGCAAGCAUCUCCCACUCCAUCAAUGUCCCCUCCACCAGCAUCAGGGUCACCCCUGACUGACCCAGGCCUGGCGCCUGAGGUAUCCCCCACACCUCUCAGUGCGCCCCCUGUUGCCAGCAGCAACCAGGCUGCACCGGUCUUUCAGCGUCGCAGCUUCAUCUCACGACUGUUUGGUCCCUCUUCCACACCAGAACCUCCUGUUACCAAGGCUGAUACCACAUCUCCGAUCUCCCCGGAGGGAGAAGUGAAAACAGAGAAUGUUGAUGACUUCGUCCCUGAUGAGGGAAUUGACAAGAGCUUCCUCGAGGAUCCAACUCCCCAGAAGGAAAGUAACUGUGGGACACAGCAGGAGAGUGACAGUGACGGGGAGAGGAAAGGGAACCCUAUGGUCACAGAUUUCCAGGAUGACCUAGACCUCGAUGACCAGAUGCUACAGGAUCCAAGUGUGAAAUCGCAGAUUCCCAGUAAAAACAUCACACUGUCCAGUGAUGAAGAUGAGAGUGCAAAAGUCACCGUUCGUCCAGAUUUACCAAAACGGGCUUCCAAAAGUUUGUUAAAGUCCCAGGGUAGAGCUCCAACCAAAGCUUUCAAGCAGGACUUUGGCAUCAGUUCAUCUGCUGCUAUAAAACCAGCCUCCAGCUUGUCUGGGAACAGUUUCCUGACUUCAGUCUCACCUCUGGCCUCUCCACUCAUCCCAGUGCCAGCAUCACUCCACACAACUGAGGGUAAAGGUCAGAACAAACCGACAACUCAAGAAUGUGGAGAGUCAUCAGAGAGUGAUCUUGAGGGACCAAUUGCAAAGCAGUUGCUGUCUUUUGUCAUGGAUGACCCGGACUUUGAGAGUGAUGAUUCCAACAGGAAAAACACAACUGAGACAUUUCCGGUUCGAGAGGACAGCUCUGAGCUCUCCAACGAUGAAUUCAGUUUAGGAAAGCUCAGUGUGCCAGUGAAGCCGUCAACCCAGACCAAAAAGCAAACUACUGACUUCGACUUGUUUGGCUUGGGCAUCGAUACUAAAACUCCUGCAGCUCCAGAAAGCAGCAAUGAAGAGAAAACCAGCAAGGGUUCCUCCAAAGAAAAGAAGAAAAAGAAGAAAAAGACCCGAGAGGAGGAUGAGAAAUUGGAGAAAAAGAGACACAAGCCAAGGAAAAAUAAAGAGAAGGAGAAAGACAAAACAGAGGAGAGACCAAAAAAGGAGAAGCAAGUGACAUCUGACGACAAGAGGAGGAGGAAGAAAGUGAAGACCAAGGACAAAGCUGAUGAGGACAUGGAGGAUUUGGAGAAGUUUCUAAUUGGCAGCGGUGAUAGCCAUGUUGUGAGGAGCAAGGGGAGUGGAGACUACGAGGAACUAUAGACUUGGCCUGAAUUCUGCGUUGUCUUCAUAUUACUUCCCUGUUCCCACACUUUAAAAAUUCCUCUCUAACAUUGGCACAGACGUGUGCCUGAGCUUUGUGGAAGAAACUGUGCCGAGCUCUGGGAAUUCCACUCGUCUCCCAUCACAGGCUGAUUUUGUACAUUUCUAACUAUUUAUAGGGUGGGUUGUUUUGACGGUGUACUGCUGUGAUACACGGCCUGAGCUAGCUCCAGCUCUCUGGUUACUUUAAUCGAGUGAUCAGUGCCUCAGCAACCGUAGUGUCAUUUUCUAAUGCCAGUCUCUUGAGAAAUGAGAGGGCUCUGCAAAGUUGGAAAGGAAAAUUUUAGCCUUGAGCCCUGUUUCCCCAUAGAAUCCAUGGUGUUCGAAUCAUAUCUAGUUUCAGGAUCUAUGAGCAGGUGCGGCCUUACUGCAGUCCACAGCUCUGUUUAUUUGCCAGUUUGUGGCCAGAUAAGAAUGGCUCAGUGUAACACCCAGCCCAUCCAAAUUCUCUGCCAGUUACAUUGCACAGCACUGAUGAGCAACUCCUACCUACCCCAAAAGUUUUGACGGCUGCAUGAUGCUAAAACCCCUGAGACAUCUGAGAGUUGAGGAUGCUUUGUCUCUCUUCCCUUCACCAUUUCCAAAAUUAGCCUUUCCUUUCCUUUGUAAUGCCCCAAUCCUUAAAAGCCACUGCAGUAAGAGUUUGGGUGUUUCAUUCAGCAAACUAUAUACCGCCGCUCCUCCGCCAGAGGCCAAGACUGGUGCUCGUUGCUGGUCUCUCACCACCUCAAUAGGGUUGCCAGCAUAUUAGGAAAGAGUGAGGAUUCACAUCUGUCCAAGCUUUGUCUCAUAAACUUUUAUUUCCAUCAUCUUUCAGUUAGAAAGUCAGGGAAGUAGCUUGCUGUGACUUCAAAUUGAGUGAAAAGAAGGACAAGUGUAAUUAAGGCAGGCUACAAUUUCAAAUAAAACUGUAAUGAUUAGUGUCUAAUUGUUGGGUGAAGCGAUUUUAUUGGGUGAUGAAGGAACCUACUAGACAGUUAACCAAUUAACUCCUGAACCAACAUUGGACCUGUGCAGUACCCAGUUCUUGACUAUGUGCAUUAUGACAUUGUCAGACUAUUUGAGGCCUGGCAGGUGAUAUGAAAGUCUCUGCUGAAUGGGUGGCUGAAUACAAGAGCCAGGAGAUUGAAGGAGAUCAGUCAAGGUGACUCUGAUCUGACCAGGAAUUGGAGCUAUCAUUCUUGAGGGCAGCUAUUAUGGAGCAAAUGCUAAGACUGGAGCUGAUACUCUCUCACGUUUACAAUACAGUUUACAAUGCUGCGGUUGUGGGAUGUUUCUUUUGAGACACACUCUACAUUGCAGACUAUACUGUCCUAGAGCUUGUCAGUAAGUGGGACAAUGUCCGCUCCAGCCCCAUCAUCCUGAUAUAAGGUGCAGGAUUCAAGCAAACACCUCUUCUUCAAUCAUUACCUUUGUGCCCAAUUAGGUUUUAGUCAAUCAAGUGCCAGGGUAUAGCAAACCAGCAGUAAUUCCCUUCUGAGAUGCAAGAGUCUUGUUGCAACCAAGGCUGUUUCAUUGUCCUGCUGCGGGGCUGAUGUUGGUGCCAGUUUAGUGCUGUAUUGGUGCAUUCUUGUUUGUUUUGUGUUUUUCCCCCCCCUCACCUUGUAUGUGUAUUUUCUACCUUGUGCUGUGUUCACAUUUUCCCUUUCAUCCUGUGUUUGGGUUUGCAUUUCCCCUGCAUGCGGUGUUUGCGAUUCUGUUACACCUCCCUGCCCCCACCCACCUCCAAAUCCCUGGUGGUGAUUGGCUUUUGCCCCCCUGGCACUGUGCCCCUCCACUCUCUGCUUGUGUCUACCUUCUUCCCCAUCACACCAAGUUGUGUUGAUUUGCUUUCCUUUGGUCACUUCAUUAGCUCUACACCUGGCUUAUUGCUCUGUCAGGCAUCCUGAGAGCAGAAGGUUGGUUGGAUGUCAAAUAGCAACUUUAAGCUGGUUUAGGACAAUGUUGCCUUUUGUACAAUUGGCACUUGAGUUUGCCUGCAGCUCAAACAUGUCUUCAGUCAUGAAGAUCCCCUUGUCUUUCGAUCAUGUCAUUCAAAACUAAAUAAAGCAAUCCUUCCCUAUUUAAGGUUGAUCAAGUUUCCUGAAUAGGAAUUGCUCUGAUGACGUGUAAUAUUGUAUGCUGAGGUUCUCAAACAAGCUAUGGGAUCCUUUGCAGUUUCUAAGUUCCGAACACUCGGAGUGGAGGAGUAUAGAAUUUCCAGCAUAUUAUCAUUGUUUCCUCCGUUACUUCACAUCAUGCUACAAAGAUUUAAACCUGUCAAAGAUUUCACACCUUGAACAAUAUUGAUCAAUAUUAAUCCUUUAAAAUUGCUCCAGAUUGGCAGCCUUGAAAUACAGUAAGUCCCUGCUUAAAGUUGUGGUUGUGCUCCUGAAAGUUGCAACUUGAAGCGAAAUGACUGAUUCCUAUGGGAACUAUGAUUCACAAUGUUAAAGUCAGAGUUAGGUUCCUUUUGGAAUUUUUUUGCCCAGAGUAAAAUAAUGUACAAGUUUAAAUACUUGUACUAUACAUGUACAGCACUGUGUAUUUCUAAGUGAAAUAACUUGCAAAAUGUAAUAAUCAUUAAAUAUGAGGUGCAAUGCAGUACACCCCUGUAUGAUAUUUUAAACGAUACACUGACCUGUAUAUUUACAUUAGCUUAGCCCCACAUAGUGGCAUUUAUUAAGUGGUGCAGGGAGUUACAGAAUCAUCUGGAAGUCUCAUCUGGUAGCACAAGUUCAGAACAGCAGCCAGGAGAAAGGAGUUGCUUCAUGUGGUGGAGUGUGUGUAUGUGAGAGAGAUGAGGUCUCUGUUGCUCUUUGCAUCUAGGUAGCCCUGGAUGCCAGCUACUUGAAGAAUCACCCAGAGAAUAUUCAUUCUUCUACAAACAGCAGCAGCAAGUGUUUGACAACAAAUCAACAGAAGUGCUAAUGUACAGAAUAGUUAUCACCACACUCGUGUGGAUGUGCGAGCGUGCACUGCCAGCCAGCUCCCCUUUCCCCAUAUUCCUGGAGAAGCUAUGUACCAAGGGAAAGUGUCGGGAAGCUCAGUUACUCAUCGAGCUGUCAUUUCUUUUUCUGGAUGAUUCCUCAGAAUGUAACCAUCCAGGGUAAGAAGCAGCAGAGACUCUAUCGCAGUUUCUCCCCUCCUAAUCUGAGAUGUCUAAGCAGCAACACCUAGAUUUUGUGACUCACUGAUUUGAGUUCUGAAGCUGAGAUAGUGUUUUUCUGUUUCUGGUUUCUAACAUCUCGAAUGCAGCAUCUAUGAUCUGGCUAGCUUGGUUUUGCAAUCUAAGCAUUUGCUACUGUUUUGUCAAGGGAAUGAGUAGAAGAAAGGGGCCCAAAUCAGUUGCUCUUUUUGAUCAAGUUUGGACUCCCCUUUGUUACAGUCUCUCAGAGCAGCCUUUGUUCUGCCGGCCGGUGCGUAAGGUGCACAGGAGGCUGUGUGGGCCAUUCUCACGCAGUUCCCUGUGAUUUCCAGCAGCUCUGGACCCAGUUACUUGUCGAAAGAGCAGGAGGAUAAGUCUUGAGGGAAGUGGACCCAAUCUCUGAAAUGCAGAAGGAUAGGGAGAGUUUCUGCCACCACGUGGUAAGUGUGCCUGGAAUUUGCUUUUAGGUUUUUAGUUUGAGGUUAGAACAAGAGCUGUUUGAAACUGCUCCCAAGUAGGCCCACUCCACUGUUCUCUUUUCCCAGUACAGUCUGAACAUUUGCGCCAGAUUGAUGCCACAAAGAGAGGCAGCAAUUUCAAACCUUCCCAAAAUGCUGAUGAUUCUGAGGGUCAUUUGUAGCUAUCAUGAUUGGGAUUGAUAAUUUUUUGGGGGUGUAAUGGGUUUAAGGAAUAUGGAGCAAAAGUGAUAAAUGGUGUUAAGAUGCAGAUCAACCAAAUGGUGACACUAGCUCGGGGGUCUGAUUCAUCUCCUCUUCAAUGUUUGGAGAAUUUAUGCUAAAGGUCCCUGGCUUAGAAGGCAGAUUCCAAAUAUGGACAGAUUGUUUGCAUUGCUCAUUAACUGACACCAAAGGAAUGGGUGUUGGGUUAUUCGAGGACAGUUUGCUCAUUCACCAGCUCAAACAAGUGGUAAUGGUCAGAUCCGCUCCCUCUGGCUGAUAGUUUGUGAAAAUAGUCAGUUACAGGCUAGUGGUGGAUGCCCUGGGACCUUCCUUUGCACUCUGUAUGUAACUUAUCUUCAACAUGUUUGUUCAUUAAAGGCAAAAAAAUAUUUUCUCGCUUAA